AAUGUAAAAGACAGAUUCCAAAGAAAUGGCAUAUUUAACAUAAACCUAGAUCCUUCCAUUCUCUCCACACUGAAAAAUCCUUUUUUUCCAUCUUUUUCUCUCUCGCUUUUCCGAGAAAAAAAACCCGUAAGUAAAGCACGGCCUCUUGUCCGCUCUUGUCCCCUCCGUCCUCGUAUUCUUGUCUCCCGUCUUCUUCCUUCGCUCUUGAAUCUUCUCCGUAGCUCAAAAAUGGCAGACAAUGGAUCGCUUGAGCAUUUAUUGGCUGUCGCCAUUGAUGCCGCCAAAAAGGCUGGAGAGAUUAUCCGGACUGGGUUUUACCAAACCAAGCAUGUAGAACACAAAGGGCAGGUGGAUCUGGUUACAGAGACUGAUAAAGCCUGUGAAGACCUCGUAUUUAAUCAUCUCAAGCAACAUUUCCCUGAUCACAAGUUCAUAGGGGAAGAAACUACUGCUGCAUAUGGCGUGACUGAGCUGACGGAUGAACCGACUUGGAUCGUUGAUCCUCUCGAUGGAACGACAAACUUCGUGCACGGAUUCCCCUUCGUGUGCGUAUCCAUUGGCCUUACUGUCAGAAAGGUUCCCAUCGUCGGUGUUGUUUACAAUCCUAUAAUGGACGAGCUUUUCACCGGCGUCCAAGGAAAAGGAGCCUUCUUGAAUGGCAAGCCGAUAAAAGUGGGGUCUCAGAGUGAACUUGUGAAGUCUCUGCUGGCAACAGAGGCCGGUACUAAACGUGAUAAGGCUACACUGGACGAAUCUACGAACAGGAUCAACAUCUUGCUAGCCAAGGUUAGGUCCCUUCGGAUGAGUGGGUCAUGUGCCCUGAAUCUCUGCGGGAUUGCGUGUGGGCGGCUUGAUGUCUUUUACGAACUUGGGUUCGGCGGUCCAUGGGAUAUUGCGGCUGGCAUUGUGAUAGUAACAGAAGCUGGUGGGGUCGUUUAUGAUCCGUCGGGUAAAGAGCUGGACAUCACGGCUCAGAGAAUCGCGGCUUCAAACGCGACUCUGAAGGAUUUGUUCACGGAGGCGCUUCAGAUCUCUCUCUGAUUUGUUUGUAUUGGUCGGAUUAAGACAAAGAGGACUUCUCCUUAUUAUAAAAAACAUUGCUCUUUCUAAUAAUAUCGUUCGUCACAAUUUAUUUCA